AUCCAUUUCCUCUCUCUCUCUCUCUCUGGCACUGUAACCCCAUUUCCUCAGCAGUUACAAUAUCGGUACCUCCAUCUACAACUGGCACUCAUAUGUCUACCUGUCUCUUGUCUUGUCUGCCUCCAUGUUCAUAUAGGUGAUGGGAGGCCAUUUCCAUCCAAUCAUGACAGGGAAUUCCAGCAACAUCAGUCUUGACAACGCUACCCUGUCGAUGCUUCAGGAUGUGAACACCAGCAUUGCCACCUCUGUCAUCUACAUGAUAGUCACUGCCAUUAACCUGGUAGGAAAUGGCCUUUCCAUGUGGCUUCUCCUCUUCCGUACCUCCCCCAAGACUCCCUCCAUCAUCUUCAUGAUUAAUCUCACCCUCACCGACUUGGCCCUUGGCGCUGCCCUGCCCUUUCAGAUCGUCUAUCAGCUCAAAGGAUACCACUGGAAUCUGGGACCCAAGAUGUGCAGUUUACUGACCCUCGUCUUCUACACCAAUAUGUACUGUUCCAUCCUGACCAUGAUGGCCAUUGGAAUUGACCGCUACCUGGGCAUCGUCAGGCCUAUGCUGUUCAGGGAGACCAGGGAGAAGAAGUCCAUCGCUGUCAUCAGCUGCCUUCUCAUGUGGGGUUUGGUCCUGAGCGUUCUGUAUCCACUGAUGACCACAGACCUGACCUUUCACAUUCCUAAACUCAGGAUUACCACAUGCUUUGAUGUGUUGAAGAAAGACAUGCUCCCGACCGUGUCAGCCUGGGCGGCCUUUCUCUUCAGCAUGGUGUUUGUCCUCUUCCUCUUCCCUUUCUGUGUCACGACAUUCUGUUAUGUCAGUGUCAUACGCAAACUGGCCAGAGAUUCCAAGACCGCCCAGAAAGAGAAAGCAAUACGUCUGGCUAUCAUUGUUCUCCUGGUCUUCACCCUCUGCUUUGCUCCCAGCAACAUCCUCCUGUUCGCUCAUUCUGUGCUGAGACUCUUCUAUAAGCAGUCUCUCUACACGGCCUACAAACUCUCUCUCUCUUUCAGCUGCCUGAAUAGCUGCCUCGAUCCGUUCAUUUACUACUUUGCAUCCAAGGAUUUCCGACAAAAGCUGAGACAGAUAAUGAAUCUGCACAGCCUGAGUAGUGCGGACUCAAUGAAGAUGGAGCAUAAAGAGAGUUUGUACUCGGCACAUUACACUUUCGAGGAGAGAAAACAGCAAGGUGACACUGAUGCCACAGUAUGAUACAGCACAGCAUAGCGAGACGGAAUGAGAGAAAAAAGAAAAAAGAGUAAAAGAGACAUGAGAAAGGCAGUGAGAGAAAGAUAGUGUGUGUUAAGUGUUGCCCUGAGUGUGUCAAGACCUUACAAUGUCUUUGGGUCAAAUUUCAAAAACAGUUUACUUCAGUUUUAUUAUGUGCACCACAGAACAAAUGAACAUGGACAGCAGCUGAGUCUCUUUGCAAACUUAAUCAUUAUUCUUGCAUUACCCUAUGUGUUAUUGAGUGAAAAAACAGUUAUUGUAUUUGUAUUUUAAUGUCUGCCACAAGCUUCAUAACAGUUAUUUUGACAAAAUAUAUAGCAUGCACCAAGUGUAGAUAAAAUGUGAAUGAAAUAUUUGUAUUAUAUAAUCCUUCUCUGCCCGAACAGUCGACUUUUUUGCAUUCUGAACAUUAUAUUUGUACAUAUCUCUGUAAAUCACUGUGUACUGUGUUUACCUAUGAAUGGGUGUAGGUGACCUUUUCACCUUAUGUAGCUGGAAAUUUGUCUGUUCUUAUUUUAAUUUUCUGUUUUCUUCUACUAAAAAAUAAAUGUAUUAUUAGUAUUCUUCUUA